AAAAUAGUGCAUUCAAGGAGCAGGGGGUCGAAGUGAGGCAAAGGUUCUAUUGCGCGAAAAUGGCUGCUAUAGCACAAGGUUUGCGGUGUGUCUUGGCGAGAAAUGUGUGUGCAUUUAGGACUUUGCCUAGAAUGACAGCAAUUUGUGUGCAGCAAAAGUAUUUACACCAAAACAACCUGUCAGACACAGUUCAAAGGCCAAAAAUACUUUCCGGCCAGGGUUUCUGGCAGAAGGGACAUGUCCGACACUUUGCCGAGGCUAAGCCAACAAUGGACAAGAUUCGUGAAAGAGUGCUUAAAGUUUGUGCAGCUUAUGACAAGGUCACUGCAGAUAAGCUCACCUUGGAUUCCCAUUUUAUGAAUGAUCUCGGUUUGGACUCUCUUGAUCAUGUAGAAGUCAUAAUGGCGAUGGAGGAUGAAUUUGGAUUUGAAAUUCCAGAUUCAGAUGCGGAGAAACUAGUGAGGCCCGCUGAUAUCGUAAGAUACAUUGCGGACAAAGAAGAUGUAUAUGAGUGAAAGUGUCCUUUGCUUACACCGUAUAUAUGUAUAUUGUACCGUAGACUGCCCGCCAGUGAUUGGAUGGAAUUUAGAUUGAAAUUUGAAGAUGCUAGCCAUCACUUUUAAUUUUUGUAAGUUUUUGUUUCCAGAAGUCACUCAAUAAUUCAGUCACAAACACUGUACAUAAAUAAGUGUUUAGGACAUUUGUGUCAUGGAGGAACAUUAUAUGUGAACUAAGUGUGAUACUUUGUUUCAAUCUGAUCAGGUGUUACUGUUGAAGUAAACUGCCAUUUUGGCUAAAUUCA